UAAAAGAUUAGAGAGAAUUAAAAUCCUAGUGCUUUUUGCAUUUCUUUGGAACAUUUUCUGUAAAGCUGUAAAACUGUGGCAUGUGUUUUUACCACAUGUUUUGCUGUGUCACGUCCUGGUGACUUUAACAUGACUGUUUACUUUCGCCUGUUACCCAACUCUUAACCUCUGUCCAAUAUCCAUUCUUAUUGUGUGUGUGUGUGUGUUUGUGUUUGCACACGUUGCAUAAGUUGAACAGCUUUUGUAUUCACUGUUCAUUUACCCUGACUUAGAGGGAGCUUACACCUGCUGGAAAAAAGGGCAUAAUGGUCCUCCUCCUGUGUUUUGGCUUGUCACUGCUGGCAGCUGUCCAGUCCAGCACCAUCAAGAACUGCCACCCUGGUUGCCACUGUGAGGUGGAAAGCUUUGGCCUGUUCGACAGCUUCAGCCUGACCAGGGUGGACUGUCGAGGGUUAGGACCCAGCACUGCCAUGCCCAUCACCAUCCCACUGGACACUGCCCACCUGGACCUGUCCUCCAAUGCCAUGGGUCCACUCAGUGACACCAUGUUAUCUGGUCCAGGCUACACGACCCUCAUCAGCUUAGACCUCAGCAGCAACCAUAUUACAAAGCUAAGCCCCAAUGCUUUGUCCAAGCUGCGUUACCUGGAGACUCUGGAUCUGAGCCACAACAACCUGGCGAGCCUCACCUCAAGCUGUUUCUCUGGCCUCCCUCUGGCUGAAGUUGACCUCAGCCACAACAGCUUCCAGGAGUUUGACAUUAAUGUGUUUGCCACUAAAGUCAGUGGUGAACCUGUCAGCGUGGAUCUGUCUCAUAACAAGCUCUCAUCGGUGUCCACGACUUUGCAUGGAAAAAUUUUACACAUUCAAACCUUAAAUCUGUCAGCAAACCGGCUGUCAGAUGUUCCCAGGCUGGCAGGACUUCCUCUGAGGUACCUCAAUCUGGAUGGUAACCCCAUCGUGCAGAUUAAGGAGGGAGCCUUUGCUCUGCUGAAAGAUCUAGUCUAUUUAUCCAUCAGCGGCCUUCAUGAGCUUCAGGAAAUUGAGUCUCACAGCUUCAAGGGCCUGCAGAGCCUCCAGGUUCUGGAUCUCUCCAAUAACCACAAGCUGAAGGCUCUUAGCCCCGCAGUUUUCAGUGAACUAGACUCCCUGCAAGAGCUGAAUUUGUCGGGCUCUGGUGUGCGGUCCUUGCCUAAUAACAUGCUGGCCCACUUGCCCAGUAUUAAGAGUAUUACUCUGGGACGAGGCAUCCAGUGCUGGAGGACCCAGAAACAGGGACAGUUCCACCCGCAGCUGGGUCAGGUCCAACACCACCAAGUUCUGAACUGUAACGUGGAGGGUGUAGUGUUGUGAGACUGGACAUGGACCAUUCCUUACAAUCAUGAUGCCAGAGCUGUGCCUUCUUUUUUGAUAUGCAAACACUUUGUUUUGCAACUCUCUGAAAUACCUCUUGAAAUAUGUCUUAAAGGUUUCAUGUAGGCUUCAUGAACUCUACACACGUGUAUCAUAAAUGCUGCGACUUUUUAAAACAGUGGCGUAUUUUACAGAACUUUGCAUAGGACAGAACGAUUUUUUCACAUCUUCACAUACAGUAGAGUUUAAAAUGGUAGGAAACUUCCAAUAAAAAACAAAACUUUAAGUAAUAUUCAACUUCAUGUUCUUCAUUUAAAGCGGGACCAUGUUAAGAGCUUUUUGCACUUAUUCCAAUACCAGUCAGAUUUGUUUUUUUAUAAAAUGCACAUUGACAAAAUUUCAUCCAGUGUUGAAGCCUACAAAGCCUUCUGUCGACCACUAAGAAUUUUCAUUUGACUUUGAAUGUGAUAAUUAAUGAAAAUAAUUAAAAGGAAUAUUUCAAUAUUUUGGGAAAUGCACAUAUUCGCUUUCUAGUUGAACGUUCAAGAAGACGAUUGAGGCGAACAGCAAGCUGGGCUCUGUCCAAAGAGUUCAGCUUUUGUACGAAAUGACUUAAAUGUGUAUUAUUUGAAUUUUGAGCCAGGCUAGCUGUUCCUCCCUGUUAGGGUUCUUUAUGCUAAGCUAAACCAACUGUUUGGUUUUAGUAAAAUAGUUAAUAAAUGUUCAGAUUGUCAACAUGUACUUUCCACAGAGCAGUCCUUUUUUAUCUAUUGUGGUCUGAACGGAAAACAUCCAGUAAAGACUGACACAACUACAAAAGAGAAAGAUCUUUCAUUGUCACUGCCAAAAAAGGAUUAUUCUACUGCUCAGAAUUUCUCUUACAAAUAUGAGCCAGUGACCAACAUCUUGUCCACUGCGUUUAGACUGUUUUUUUUCAAUUUGACACAAGGUUUGGUGCACAUUCUUUGCAAUAUGCAGUGCUCGCUGAUCUGAUUGACCUUUGUCUUGCGUGACAACUGGAUAAAACAAGCUGUGUCCAUGCUGACUUAAUUUGACCUUCAGUCAAAGCAGAUCAACAAGACACACGUGAUCAGCGAGCUAUGACAACUCUGAGAUCUUUAGUAAUGGAGUGAUGCUGGUCUCUGUUGAUGUUUAAACACCCAGCUUCACUAUCUGUGCUGUUGCCUGUAAACCCUACCGAAACAUUCCUGUAGUAUUUCUGAGAGGAUCAGCCUCAAGACUGCAUUUUAGGAUUUGUGACAUUUUGAAAGGCUUAAGUGUUUUGGAGGUUUUAAAAAUAAAUCCACCUUCGUCAGCUGGUUAAUGGAAAUCCAGAUGAGCCCAGAUUUGUUAUAGGAGUUUAUAUUGUGUAUGUACUGUUUGAAAUUAUAUUGUAUAUAACUUUUCCAAUAUAUGACACGUAUGUGUAAUACAUUGACUUUUCUCACA